AUGAAGGUUCCAUUCUGGCUAUUUGCACUUAUGGUUGCUUUGGUUUCGUUCAACGGGUGCAAUAUAGCGAAACCCGCUCAGUCUUGCCUUGGCUCGGGGCUCGCAGGCUGCUCGGCGCAGUUGUAUUCUGGGAACCGGAAGGGUUGGUUCAGCGUAUCCGGCUCCGUACAGGAUACAAUAUUUACUCAGAAUGAGCUUGCAUCAAGCUUGGAGAGACUCGUCAGCCACAUAAUAGAACCUUUCCGAAAUGCAACAGCGGAGGAGCUUCGCCACAGACUACGCACACUGUUCGAGCGCAAGACGUAUCGCGUAACCCCGAACGGUGCACGCAAAGCCGAAGGUUGUGUCGUCUGGUCGUGGCAGGGAGGAAACCUUACGUUCAACGCACCGACAGAGACGGAAACGAUGAUGCACCGCACGAAACCUUUCUGGUACAAUCGCUUACGCUGGACGUGGGAGCUGUUUGAAGCGAUAAAAAUGCCCAGAGACGACUUUGAGAUAGCGCAGUGCCUGCAUGACUGUGUUCAGACUGUUCGAAAGGAGCCGCAGUUCGCCAAAAUGCCUCGGUAUCCCGAACCUGGACCGAUUCCAAUUCUCAGUCUCAUCCAGUGCUGCGGCAUUAGCGAUGAUAUUCCCGCACCAGUUUUUGAAUCUGGCAGACCUGGCCCGAGAACGAUUUUCUCAACUGGUCUUCGCGACUGGGAUGUUGCUUGCGCGCUCCAAGCUGCUUCUGCUUUACCGUGGGCGUUUAGACUGCCCAAGGCAGUCUUCCGCGGCUCCGCUCGAGAAUCUCUAGAGGAAACCAGACUUGCGACCGUCUCUGGGCGGAGAGGAAUCCACGGACGCAGAGGGUCGAACGCGUAUGGCCGGCGAGCCCUGGCAGAGCAUGGCCGCCGACACCCAGCAUUGCUGGAUGUACUUGUCACAGAAUCCGGGGGCAACAGAAGUGCCGGCGGCUUUAUGUCUGUCCGGAAGUUGGUGAACUACCGCUACUCUGUGCAUGCUGAAGGCAACUGUGGCUGGGCAGACCGCUUAUGGUGGCAGCUACACGCUCCGCAAGUGCUGCUAAAGCAGCGAUCACCGUGCGGUCUGUACUUCGAACCCCUGAUGAAGCCAUACAGAGAUCACAUCCCUGUCUCUGGGUCAUUUGACGACCUCAGUCGCAAAGUAAAGUGGCUCCAGCGCCACGAGUCGGAUGCUCUCGUAAUGGCGACGAAUGCAAUGAGAUUCGCGGAGGCGUACCUCGUUAGACGGAGCAUACUCAAAUACUUUGAGAUGGUCCUAAACCAGUACGCACAAAUUUGGCGACAUCAUUCUUAUGGAGAUCGCGGGCACUUCCAAUCAGGAGGUGGUGGCGCUGAAUGCCUUCGACCUCGUUUCGACUUUUGGUUCUUAGAAGAAAAAAGGGAUGCAGAUGCGGGAUAG